AAAAUUAUAAAUUCUUAAAUUAAGAUCAAAUUUUAUACUUACAAUGAUGAAGCUGUAUAAACACUGAUAUCAACAUGAGUUUAUUAUGCGUCAAAGUAAAACAAGCUAAAAUUGUUGGAAGUGGAGAAAGUUUGACAACAUACGUAUCACUGAAAGUACAAAAUGUCAAAAGUUCAACCAUUUGCUUAAAAGGCAACCAACCAGUAUGGGAACAAGAUUACAUGUUUGAAAUUAACAGACUAGAUCUGGGACUUACCAUCGAGCUAUGGAAAAAGGGUUUAUUAUGGGAUACUCUAGUUGGCACUGCAUGGAUACCAUUACUUAAAGUUCCUCACUGUAACGAAGAAGGUGAGGGAGUAUGGUACUCAUUGGAUCAAAAUGUGGAAUUACGAAAUGGUGAAGUUUGCGGGACACGUAACAGAACUCCAAAUGCAGUUAUGUGCGAUGUUAGAUUUGAGUUACCGAAUGAUCUAACAGAGCAAGAAGCGAUGAUGUUACAACGUAAAUUAGAUGAAAUUAAUCUUUUAAGUGAUGAACAAUGGACUGUUGAAAAAUAUGGUUAUGAUAUAACAAGCAACCAUGGAUCUAGUUGUGCUUCGCUCGACAGUGAUUAUCGUAGUGAUACGAGUGUUCCGGGACCCUAUCAGAAUGUGCAACAGAAUAAUAUACCCAUAUCGCAGCAAGUUCCUGCUUCAGAACGAUCAUUUAUAACUGUUAAUAAUAAUAGCAGUGCUUCGACUCAGAACAGCACUGACGUAGAAAAAAGUCCGUCAUACUAUGACGCAGGAUCGGAAACAGAAUCAAGAGUAUCUUUUCAGGAACAAAAUACAACUCAUUAUUAUAAUCACGAUUCGAUUGCCACAAGGCGAUAUUCUAGUGAUGAUAAGCCAACUGAUCCUGAUAACGAAUACACCGAAGUUGAGCGUCACCAAAUAGAAGAUGAGAAACACAAACGAGAACGUGUCGGUUCUGAAACUGAAUCGAUAAAUUCGAAUGGUGAGGAAUAUGAAUUUUCUCAUGCCAAAAUGAGAUGGAUCAAUGUUUUCAAUCGGGUUCGAAUGCAGAUCACUGGCACAGAAGGCGAACCUAGUGAUACUGUCGCAGACUUGACUUCAAACCGUAAGCCUUCAAUAUGGAAUGUGAUAAGUGGUAAUAAGAGCUUUUUUGAAAGCAUAGACAGUCAGCCAAAUAUCAAAUUGCGCAAAAAAUCUAUUCCAUUGGCCAGUACAGACAUGUCCAUUUCUUUAGUGAAGCGCCAACCGGGCAUCACUUCAGCCCUGGUUAACUCUCGUGCUUCUCUAACUGAUGAUGAUCUGAAAAUGCAUGUUUAUAAGAAAACAUUACAAGCUUUGAUUUAUCCUAUUUCAUUCACCACUCCACAUAAGUUUUCGAUCUGGUCUGCUACUACACCGACAUAUUGUUACGAGUGCGAGGGUUUACUGUGGGGACUCGCUCGUCAAGGCAUGAGAUGCACAGAAUGUGGCGUCAAAUGUCAUGAAAAAUGCCAGGACUUAUUGAAUGCAGAUUGUUUACAAAGAGCUGCCGAAAAAAGUUCUAAACAUGGUGCUGAAGAUAAAACACAAAGCAUCAUUACUGCGAUGAAUGAACGCAUGAAAAUUCGUGAGAGAAAUAAGCCAGAGAUUUUUGAACUUAUUUAUAAUGUAUUUGGAAUAUCUCCUGAUAUUCACAAGCAGCAUAUUUCUCUCGCAAAACAAGGUGUAAUGGAUGGCACAUCCAAAUGGUCAGCCAAGAUUAAAAUCAAAGUGAAAAGUGCACAAGGCCUUCAAGCAAAGGAUAAAACAGGGUCAAGCGAUCCAUAUGUCACAGUUCAAGUUGGCAAAACUAAAAAGAGAACAAAAACUAUUUAUGGUGAUUUAAAUCCACUAUGGAAUGAAGAAUUUUUCUUCGAAUGUCAUAAUUCUACCGAUCGAAUCAAAGUUCGAGUUUGGGACGAGGAUGAUGAUAUUAAGUCACUGGUAAAACAACGACUCAAACGUGAAUCUGAUGAUUUUCUUGGCCAGACAAUAAUCGAAGUUAGAACGUUGUCAGGAGAAAUGGAUGUCUGGUAUAAUUUGGAAAAACGUACUGAUAAAUCUGCUGUGUCUGGUGCUAUUCGACUUCGAAUUAGUGUUGAAAUAAAAGGCGAAGAAAAGGUGGCUGCAUAUCAUGUUCAAUAUACAUGUCUUCAUGAAAAUAUUUUUCACUAUAUUUGUAAAAACAAUAAUGAUAUGCUAAAAAUUCCUGAAAAUCAUGGCGAAGAAGACUCAUGGAAAGUAUAUUUUGAUAGAGAUAGUCAGGAAAUAGUAGAUGAAUUUGCAAUGCGGUAUGGCAUUGAAGCUAUAUAUCAAGCUAUGACUCAUUUCUCGUGUUUGUCUUCUAAAUACAAGUGCCCUAGUGCUCCAGCUGUAAUGAGUACUUUACUAGCGAACAUCAACGCCUUUUACGCUCACACUUCGACAUCUGCGCAAGUGUCUGCACACGAUCGAUUUGCUGCCUCUAACUUUGGGAAGGAGCGUUUCAUCAAGUUGCUUGAUCAAUUGCAUAACUCGCUACGCAUUGAUCUUUCGUCAUAUAGAAAGCAUUUUCCCGCUUCGAGCCCUGAUAAAUUGUCAGAUCUCAAAUCUACCGUAGAUCUGUUGACAAGCAUAACAUUCUUUCGUAUGAAAGUUCAAGAUAUGCAAAGUCCUCCACGUGCCAGUCAAGUUGUUCGUGAUUGCUGUGAAGCCUGUGUCGAGUCAACUUAUAUGUAUAUCUUUGGAAAUUGUGGGGAAAUUUACUCUCAAGAAUACCAGAGUGCUACGAAUGAUGCUGCCUCAAACAAGCCAAAUGCGGAAGAUGUUGGGCCUUCAUCUCUAGAAUCUCUUGAUUUCUGGUCCAAUCUUAUCACAUUAAUUGUUUCUGUUAUUGAAGAGGAUAAGAAUACAUACUCAAAUGUUUUGAAUCAAUUUCCAAAUGAGCUUAAUGUUGGACAAGUCAGUGCUAGAAAAAUGUGGCACCUCUUUACCGAAGAUCUUCACAAUGCAUUACAGCAACAUGCCCCACAUCGUAUGUGCAAAACUGCAGACUAUAUGAACCUUCAAUUCAAAGUAAAAUGGCUGUACAAAGAAUAUGUAGCUAGUUUACCUUCUAUGGUAAAUUCUGUUCCAAAGUAUUCAAAAUGGUUUGAAGUUUUCACUCUAGAUUGGUUAAAUGAAAAUGAAAAGCUUUCAUUAGAAUUUUUAUAUGGAGCUUAUGAAAGAGACAAACGAGAUGGUUUUCAACAAAGUUCGCAUCAUGCGUUGUUCUCUUGUUCCGUCGUUGAUGUAUUUACGCAACUCAACCAAAGUUUGGAUAUUGUUCGAAAACUUGAAUGCCCUGAUCCCGCUGUCACAGGUAGUUACAUGCGACGAUUUGGAAUCACUGUCGAUAAGGUUUUACAAGGAUAUGCUGAAACCGUUGUGACUGAAUUUGAACAACUUUGCAACCAAGAUAAAGUUGCUUGCAUUUUAAUGAACAAUCUUCAACAGCUUCGAGUCCAACUUGAAAAGCUUUAUGAGGUAAUGGGCGGUUCAGUCUUGGAUGAAGGAGCAUCUAACAUGCUGAAAGAACUCCAGGUGAAACUAAAUAACCGACUUGACGAAGUCGGUCAAAUAUUUGGUAAAAUAUAUGGCCGAAGAAUAGAGGACGGCAUCAAAUCAAUGGGAAGUCUUUUAAGUAAAAUCAAAGGCUCCAACAAUACCGCAGUAUCAUCAGUAAGAGCACGUGAUAACAUUGCAGAAGAGGCUGACAAUGUUUUAAAACCUCUUAUGGACUUGCUUGAUGCUUGUCUUGGUAUGUUUAAUGAGAUGUGUGAAAAGACUGUGCUAAAACGUGUUUUAAAAGAAAUUUGGCGAAUUGUUAUGAUAAAAACAGAAAAAACUGUGGUCUUACCUCCAAUGGGUGGACAAACUUCACUUCAGUUACUGUCAGCUGCUAAAGAAUUAAGUCACCUUUCGAAAUUCAAGGAUGCUUCGAGGGAUGAUAGCACUAGAAGUCUUACACCAAAGCAAUGUGUCAUAUUGACAGCCGCAGUAGAUUCAUUGAAACAAUAUUUUCACGCUGGUGGCAAGGGUCUUCGCAAAAAUUAUUUGGAUAAAACACCUGAGUUAAAGUCGUUAAAAUAUGCUCUUUCGUUAUACACACAAACCACUGAUUCUCUUAUCAAAACAUUUAUAGAAACACAAACAACACAAGAUGCACCCAGCGUCGACAAUGCUCAAGGUGAAGUUAGUGUUCAGGUCGACCUUUUCACUCAUCCUGGAACUGGUGAACAUAAAGUCACUGUGAAAGUUGUCUCUGCAAACAAUUUAAAAUGGCGUACAAGUGGAAUGUUCCGACCAUUUGUUGAAGUUAACAUUGUGGGGCCGUUUUUAAGUGCUCGCAAGCGGCGAUUCGCCACUAAAACAAGAAACAAUGCUUGGUCUCCAAAAUACAACGAAACAUUUCAUUUUAUUUUGAGCAAUGAGGCCAGCCCAGAAAUGUAUGAACUGCAAAUAUGUGUUAAGGAUUAUUGUCUUUUACGAGAAGAUAGAAUUAUCGGCGUUGCUGUAAUGCAACUACGGGAGAUAUUUCAACAAGGUUCUUGCGCAUGUUGGUGCGUCCUUGGCCGUAAUUUACAUAUUAGUGAAACGGGGUGGAUGAUACUUCGAAUUUUGUCACAAAGAACCGGAGAUGAGGUCGCAAAAGAAUUCGUUAGACUUAAAUCGGAGGAACGUUCUUUGGAAGACGCUAAUACCACCAACCCAACAUGAAUGGUACGAUAUGUAAUUUUCAUGGCGUAUUAGAUUAUUAAUAUGUUCUGGCACCACAAUAGUGUUCCCCUUAUUUAUCUCGAUUACCAGUUGGAUGCAGAUUUAACUUUUCUACUAGGCUUCCUAAUUUCUAAACAGUGUUUUUAAGGACUUAUAGAAGAAAAAUUUAGUUCGAAUUUGGAACUGAUAUUAUAUUAAAAUGGCUUUCAAAUUGAAUUUUUGACCAAAUUCCAAAUUUGAUAACCUGAUUAUGACUCCAUAUCAUGAAAUAUAGGAUAGCAGUGCCUUGGUGUUACAAACAGAUCUUCAAUUUUUUUUCCUUGUGUUGUGGCAGACUUUGCUGAUAGAUUAUUUUUACUCUUCAUGUUUUGUUCUUAUCACUUUGUGCUAUUUUGAGUGAAGUCAAAUUUUAAAAGUUUGCCCACCGCACCCUGUGAGCUUAUUUUACAGCUAUUUUGCGGCACCUUAACGUCACAAAGUAGGAAUAAUGCAUAAUCCUUAUCGCCCUAAAUAAUUAAUGCCAAGUCUGCUUUGUGGCUCAAUGCGACCACGCAUCAGGAUUUCGGCCUUCUCAUUUGUAUUGGAUGGAAAUCAAUUUUUUUUUCUGAAGCAUGAGCACACAUUUCAAAUAAGACUGACAGAAAUAAAUUUGAAUAAAGAGUGUUAUGUGCAAUAGUAUCUUUGAUGUGGUCAAUGUUAAUGGAUACACAACAUGACUGUGGUUGGGAAUAUCGAAUUUGAAUUUUAUAUACCAUUGAUAUACAAUGCUAUAAUAAGUAUAAAUACUUAUUUGUGUAUAUUUUUUUGAAUAUACCGGUAGUUAUCGAAUUCUCACAAUUUGGGUAAUUUUCAUGUUUCACAUUUUCAAUGAUUGUCAUGGUACAUUUUCAGCGUAUGUUUUUUCCUGAUUAGUUUUUUUUUACCAUAAUUUCUAUUUAAUUCACUACAAAUAGUCUGAAUUCACAUAUGCACCAAAUUGCGAUACAUCUCAUGUUUAUAAUAUUAGACAUACAUAAUUUUGUUAUAAAGGUAAAUCUGUAUGAAUAGCAGGAAUUUUUAAAUUUUCCAAAAUAAAUUUUUGGUUGAAAUAUCUUUCAUUAGUGACAAAUUCUUCUCAAAUUGAAUCCUUAGAACAUCCCUACAUAACAGAAGUUGACAAGAAAAGUCUCUUGUUUGAUUUUUGUUGGAAACCCGCUGUCAUGGUGUCAUAAUAUUUUUUGCAUGUCAAAAAAGGAAAAAUUAAUAUUUUGAAACUUAGUAAUUGAUAUAGAACUAUUGAUUAAAAAAAACUCUAAUACCGGAUUCCGCGAUCUGACGUCUUCCUUUUUAGAUAUUUAUUAUCAUUUUAAAACAAUCAAUCAGUAUUAAUAAUAAUAGUAAUACCGGUAAUUUCUCCAUGCCAUUUAGCCUGAUGUAGUAUUGAUUUUUUAAGCAAUAUAAUAUAGUGACAGAUUCUUAUAUUGGUUUGGAAUAUCUAAGAGAUUUUUUCUUGUACAUUUUCAAUUCAAAUUCGACCUUGUUGUUAAAAGUUUCUUAGAAGGCAAAUAGAAUAAUGUCUCUGGUCAAACUUUUGGCUUGUAUGCUUUGACAUACAUUAUGCUCUUUAGCAUUACUAAAAAAAUACAAUAAAAUCAAUAUGGCUAAAACAGGGUCAUGUUUCGUGGAAAUCUCUUCAAAGUAUUUUCUAAACUGAUUUUAGUUUUAAUAACAUAGUCAGACAUAAUUGCUGUGAACAUGACGUAGUAAAAAAACAGUAUUACUUGAUUCAAGCCUAUAAUUUUAAGAUCUUACGAUUCUUCCUAUAUCUUAAAGUCGUUUAAAUAUAAAUAAUUUUGUAGUUCGUAUUAUUAGCUCAGUUAUUCCAAUUACGGUAUUAUGAAAUUAGCAUUUGUGCUGAUUGAAUACGUUUAUUUAUGUUUUGGCCUGUUGUACUGCUAUUCUUCUUUCUCUAUUUAUAAAUCUGAUUGGACCUAGGACAUAAGAAAUUCAGUAACAUUUUUCGUUAAAUGUUGAAGUGUAGCCUACAUAUCCAGAACGUAUUUCUCCAGAUUAUUUUCAAUUGGAUUAUAUUUUGAUCUUAUGGCUUCGAUUCAGGAUAUUUUUUAAAAUUUGAAUGCGUAAUUGACAAUUCAUUUGCAUAAUGUUACCGUUUCUUAGUUUCAAUAUCAAGUAGGUGGUUUUAUUUUCCCAGUUUUUCAAAAACAGUUCUUUGAAUUCAUUUAUUUGGAAUUCUUUUUAUUCUGAAUUUUAAAGAGCCCUCAUCAAUAAAAAAUGAAUUCUCCAUUUCUACCAUACUAUAUAUAAUCAUGUGUAUUGGUAGUAUGUAUAACAAUAUUUUCAAUCUGAUGCCAAAUAUGAUAUCCACUUUUUCAAUCAAAUUAGAGAAAAGAAUUAUAUAACCUCAUUUCAUAGCUUGGUGGUUUUCUGAAUAUUAAAAAUAAUGUAUUAUUGAAGUAAGUGUAUGACUGAUUUUUGUUGUUUGAAUGAAUAAUAAUGAAUGAAUUGGUAAUGGAUGAUAAUUCAAUUCACGCAUAUAAAAAGCAAUAUGAUUGUGUAACAUUCUGUUUUAAUGUUCCUUGCUAGUACUCUAAUCCAUUUUUUCUUGAUUCUCAAUUAAUUUGAUAAUUAAUUAAUGGAAAUUCAUCUCAUUAUUUUAUCAAAUUAUACUUCGCUGUCAUGCUGAAAUUCUUGGACACUAGCCAUAAACCAGUGAACUAUUUCGAGUUUUAUAACUGGAUAUUUGGUAUGACAUUAUGGGUCACACAUGAAGAAGACUUUUUUGUUUACUAAACAAACUAUCAUUGUUGCGUGCAAGCUUAAGGUUAGCAAAUAUUACCCUACCGUGAGAACCCAACAGCUUACUCUACAAAGGUGAAAUAAUUGGCAGAUUCCGUGUCAUAUGAAGCCUUUGACACUUGGUAACCUAACCAUCCAUCCGAAAAUAAUUUUUUUACUGGGGUUUUGGCAACCUACCCCGCACGAAAAAAAUUAGAAUAAAAUUUCGACUAUAUUUAUUGUCUUUACUUGAAAUUGGGUAAAUGCCAUUACCCAAAUAGUACCGUGAAUCAAAAAUUUACUCUAUCAUACUCGAUCUAGUUUGGGUUUCUGUACGUACCCUUUGAGUUAAUGGAGUUUUGAUUUUGCCUUUUUUGUCGAUACAACUGCAUCUCUUAAUUUAUUCUAUCUGAUUUUUGUCUUGUAGAGAUGUUUUUUAGUUUGCAAUCAGAGUCUAUUUUGUUAGGACACUUUUUUCAUCACAAAUCCUUCAAGGCGUAUUGCAUUAAUCUUGUGUUGUAGAAUAGAUAAUUAUCGAGGUAUUAAUACAUAGCAGUGUAUGUAUCACAUGUCGUUCAUCUGUUUAUGUCAACGAAGUUAAUUUCGUGCAAAAUUAGUGAACGUAUUUAUUUUAACGCAAUCUUGUAGUGAAUUUAUUUUCUAUAUUCUGUCCACAGUACUUUGCAGUAUUAUUUUAUUACUUUUGAAAUUUUAUUCGUACUCAUUUUGUUCGCAUACACAAUCCGAAAAAGCAUCUUACGACCCUAUUUUGAAGUAGACAUAAUUGAUAUGUAACUUUCCUACCGAAGACAACGAGUUUACUCAUUUACCGGUGUCAAGUUCUGCGCCAUUUUCGUAACCAACUUAUGGUCAUCAACAAAUUCUUGUAUACGUACAGUGUUCGUCUUCAAAACGUUAUGUAUUAUGCAUGUAUUUGUUGAUGCUUGAUCAUCUUUUAUUGAUAAAAUGUACUGCGUUUGGUCCCUGCUUCUUCGAGUUUGUCGCACCUUUGUACUAGAACUUCGCUUCAAAUUAUAUUUUACCUAUAAUGAGCGUGUCCCGCGCAUUACUUUAGUUAUCAAUCAAUCAUUUUCUUUCAGUCUUAUCAUGUUUGCACAUCUCAGCGCGACUUUUCGCUACGCUGCCCAUUUAACAUUGUUGCAAAAUCAAUAUUGAGGCUUAUCCUGAGGCCAAAUUAGCCUAUAUCGGUAGGCAUAUCUCCUUUAAAAAAAAGCUUUUCCCUCUUAAAAAUAGCCGUUCACUAAAAAAUGACACAUGCGUAUAUUCGUUUUGAAGUCUUCACCAAAAUAGGACGACUGAAUCAGUUUUUGAAUAUUUGAAAUACCAUUGAUUUUUUAUAUCAUUUUUGCCAAUUGUUACAGUUUUGUGAAAUACUUUAAAUUCCAAUAAUGCACUUUCAAUACCGACCAAAACUUUACAAAGUAUUCGAAUAUUGUUAUUUUUCAAUUUUGACAAUAUGGUUUGUUUGUUGCUGGUUUUUAAUUGUAUAAUUUGUAAUAAUGGUUGUUGCAAUAGAAUAGGAUGUACAUAUUUAUCCCGGGGGAGAGAAGGGGCGAUACGAUGACUUUAUCAUAUAGCGAACCACGGCCUCUUUUCAAUUAAUCGUGGGGUUUUUGGUUCGGGUACUGCUAUUUCUUUGGGAAUAAUGCAAUUUGCGCAUAUUCGUAUUUCAUUGUAAUUUACAAUUAUUAUUUAAUACUGUUAAUUUUAUGCAUUUAUUUGCGAUAUAUGGUGCUAGUUGUUAUUAUUUUAGCGAUAUAUUUGUACCGUUUUUUUGUUUGACUUUUGUCUGUUUACGUACUCGGCAAUGACAUUUUUUGUCAUUUUACAUUGGUCAUUUCAGCAUUGCAUAGGUGCACAUUUAGCCAUUUUUAUUCCUUAGGUAAGCAUUCGUCUCAUAAGCCCUGCUCGAAUUAUUGAUUAUAUACUUUAUUUAUAGUUUGUCUAUAGUAUACUCUAUAUAUACAUAUUUAUGAUUGUGUAUUUUCAAGGCUGGGGCAAUGAAUGGCCAGCGUUUGCGAGUUGAUCACUCCAGCGUGCACGGUGUUGUAUGUCAUAUAUGAUUUAACAAUGUUCCACAGUCAAAACGGCUGCUUUAUCGACUUUUUCAUUUCGUAUUAUCAUCAUUGACCAAUCGAUUAUUUACGCAAUCUUCUUGUUGUACUGCUUGAUAUACAUUGCAGCGUUCACGGUUCUAAAUCUUUUUUCGUCUGUUCUUUAUUUUCUUUGUUACUGAUAUCUAUCUAUAUAUAUAUUCAAUUUCUAAUCAAUUUAUAAAUAAAGAGGAUAAUUUUGCUACCGAGAAA